AUGAACCCACGAAUAAAAUGGUUGCUCGAUGACACAGUAAACCAUAGAUCCGGUUUUCUUAAAGUUCCAUUUAUCAAGCUGUUGUGUUUAUCUCUACUUAGGGGUUUUGGAACUGAAGCAACUUUAUGCUUAAAUAAUCCGAAAGAUAUUGUAGAAAACUACAAUCCAGAGGUUCGAGAUUAUGGCAGUACAUCUUUGUACCUUGCUGGAAGUGCUGCACAGGGGUUUUAUCUUAAUACCAAUGACUUUUUAGAUGCGAGAGACAUUGAUAUAGUUUCCAUUGUAAAGAAAGAUGUCAGGAAAGAGUGUCAAUUCGAUAAAAAGCAAGUUUAUGGUGGGCAAAUGGAAGUGCAAAGCGACAGAGAUAAUGCCAGAGAAUGUAAAGAGACUGCAAAAGAAAAUGUAACUAUGGAAUCGCCACCAUUUUAUCUAAAUAUUGAGACAUGGGAGGACACCUAUCCUGGUUAUGUUAUGCUACGAAAAUGUAGAAAAGACGAACUUCCGGUUCAGACCUCACUUUCACAUCGUUACGUUAGCAGCGCGGAAACAGCAAGGUCGAGAACUGAGUAUUGGGAUGAAAUGCAGUCUAUCUUGGCUGAUAUUUUUAGAUUAGGAGUCGACGAUGAAUGGGGAAUAGAUACUUUAGUUUAUGAAGAUGUCGAAUCACAGGGUCCAGCGGCUAGCUCUAUGUUUACAAACAUUUAUCUUGAUGUUCAAUUAAAUGCAGACCUAGUAUUUGCUUUGCCAUAUCCUGACUGGCCAGACAUUGCAGAAGAAUGGCGUAAUCGAAAGACUCUUAGUGGGUGGCCAGGAUUGAAACUAAAGCAGGACAUUGUUGAGUCUGGCUGUCUUGUUGUGCCUAAGGGACAAAAAGGAAGCAGGGUAGAAGACUAUGAAUGGAGAAUAUCGUUUUCUUUAGCUGAGCUCAAAUUAGCAAAAUCACUGAAUACCGUACAAAGGGAAGUAGUACAUGUACUUAAGGCAUUUCUUUCAGACAGACACGAGGAAGGAUAUACAGGCAUUGAAGCGAAGCUUGACUCCUACUUCGUAAUAAAUCUGCUUUACACAGAGAUCGAGCAAACUGACACAAAUACAUGGACUGAGAAAAAUAUUGCAGACAUUAUAUUUCGUAUCCUUGAUAAACUAGAAAUAAGCAUAAGAAAUAAAAAUCUUCCUCACUACUUUAUUCCAAAAAAUAACCUUCUUCAUAAGUUUUCAUUUUCAUCUGUGAAGCUCGGUAAAGGAGAGUUCACUUUGGGAUAUUUUGAUGAAAUGAUGGACGUCGAUGAAUAUAUUGACUUUGCCCUUUAUACAAUCAUGCGAGCUCGAUAUGACCCCUUAAAUCAAAUAAUGUUACAGAAGAAGUACGUACAGCUGUCAGGGCAUAUACGGAGGGCAGUGUUUGGACCUCUAGUUACACAAGCAAAGUCAUCGUGUAAAGUUGAAGGCGAAAUGUAUUUUCUGACAGUUUUCAAACUUGCUAAGGCCCAUUUUAUUCAGUUCAGGUUUAAAGAUGCCUAUAUCUAUAUUGAAGACGCACUAAAAUUUUAUGCAAAAUUAAAGAAGCCUGAAUUAUUGGAACAUAUUCAUAAAGAAUUGCAGCUGUUAAGGGCAGUGUGUACAUACAAUAUUGGUAAUCAUAUGCGUUCAAUGUUACAGUUUGACGAAAUUGAAAAUGGUGUCAAACAUAUGAACAUAGAGCAAAGGAAUUUACACUCUGUGUAUUUCGCUCGUUCAAUUCUUUCAUUGAUGAAAAGGGGAACUAUUACAGAAGAAAACACUUUUAUCUCUAAAAUAGAACAUCUUUUUCAAAAAGUCAAAGAUUCAAGUGUUGACAUCUCCCCAGUUUUACACUUAGAAGUUGUGAACUAUUUAAUAUCUGAUGGUCGUUACGAGGAUGCUGACGCAAUACUGUCUAAAGUAAAAGUUUUUCUGGGAAUUGAAGACAUGAUUGAAAUGAAUACUGCCUGUAAGAAAUCACCAGGGAACAAUAUCUAGUGAGACGCAGAUUGAAUCCGACUUAGAGAAAUUAGCAGAUAAUUUAGAUGUACUGACUGACUCUUCAAAACACUCCGAGACAGAAACAAUGCACAUCCAGUCAGACGGAAAUGACGAUCCAAAGGAUACAUGUGAUCAGAUCCAAGGGAAAGUCAUUCAUGAAGAAAAACAAUGUAAUCAAAAUUAUGAAGAAGAUGAAGGAACGGCAGAACAAAUGGAAACAAAUCUAGACAGUGAAAGCAUGGAUACGGCAUCUGAAGACAUUGCUGAACGCCCAUUGCUAAAUAGACACGAUAAUCAGGAUUUACUCAACCAGUAUGCUUUGGUGCAAGCCUUUAAAAACCUAGGAUUGGAGAAACAUGCCGAGAAUGUUUUAGACAAACUGAAGAGGAAACUGCAUGCAAGACACACAGAAAACAAAGACGUGACAUUGGAAGCGCUUGAUCAUGACUACACGUUGUAUAUGUCUUACAAAGAUGUAGAGACCGUGCCAGAUGAUUUAGAAAAUCCGCUUAUAAUAUUUGAAGAUAGGAUAGUAUUUUCUACGGGGGAUGAAUUCAUCAUCGACGAUGUGUUAAAAUAUAUAGUCAAAGAUUUUGGAUAUGUAAGAAUAAGCCCACGUGAUCUUUAUUUCCAUUACCGUAUCCAGCUUUUAAAAGUUGCAGGGAAAAUCCCGGAAGCAUCGUCUCUGGUAGAAAAUCUCGAAGAUCAGGAUCUGGUUGUCAGUCACUUAAAGAGUUUAGGAGAAGUGGAAAAGGCAGAAGAUGCAUCAUUUUAUGCAAGAUUGGACAGAGAUGGUGGAGGCAGAUCUGUCUCAAAUACAUUGAAGCAAUGGAUCGAAAAGUUGUUAGAAGCGGCCAGAAAAUAUGAACUAAGAAAUAUGUACCUUGAUUCAGUUUUUAAAUAAAUCUGAUGUAUCGUACAAUUUUGAUUCCUAUUAAACUUGUAAUAUUUAGUGUCCAUAGGAAACUUAUGUCCCAGUUUUAGUUGCCUUUAAA